AGCUCGUGCUGCGGUCCGGGCCAUCUUUGGUUGUUCUCGCCGGUCGCACCACAGUCAGUGAUCAAUCGUGAUACGUAUCAAAUUAUUUGAGCGAUAAUUGUUUCCAAAGAGGUCGUUUUUGCCACUAAUAGGACAACAGACUGGUUCUGCAUAAAUAUUUUGUUGCAUCAACACCGUUUUGCAGAUUUCUUUGCAGCGGAAAUUUGGAUAAAGACGGGAGAUCCACUGUAAUACAACAUGGAUGAGGAAUAUGAUGUUAUCGUAUUGGGCACCGGACUCACAGAAUGUAUUCUCUCUGGGAUCAUGUCUGUGAAUGGGAAGAAAGUUUUGCAUAUGGACAGAAAUCCAUACUACGGUGGUGAAAGUUCCUCCAUCACACCCCUGGAGGAGCUCUAUAAGAGAUUUGGGAUUUCAGACAGCCCCCCAGAGUCAAUGGGCCGGGGAAGAGACUGGAAUGUGGAUCUUAUUCCUAAAUUUUUAAUGGCCAAUGGUCAGUUAGUUAAGAUGCUUCUAUACACUGAAGUGACCAGAUAUCUUGACUUCAAAGUGGUCGAGGGAAGCUUUGUGUAUAAAGGAGGAAAAAUCUACAAAGUGCCCUCUACUGAGACAGAGGCACUGGCUUCAAACCUAAUGGGAAUGUUUGAGAAGAGACGUUUCCGCAAGUUCCUAGUUUUUGUGGCCAACUUUGAUGAGAACGACCCCAAGACUUUUGAAGGCGUCGAUCCCAAACUCACAACAAUGGGAGACGUGUACAAGAAGUUUGAUUUAGGACAGGAUGUCGUCGACUUCACGGGACAUGCCCUGGCCCUCUACAGGACAGACGAUUACCUUGAGCAGCCGUGUCUGGAGACCAUCAAUAGGAUCAAACUCUACAGUGAGUCUCUGGCACGCUACGGGAAGAGCCCAUACCUGUACCCUCUGUACGGACUGGGGGAGCUGCCUCAAGGGUUUGCUAGGUUAAGUGCAAUUUAUGGAGGAACCUACAUGCUGAACAAACCAGUGGACGAGAUAGUGAUGGAGGGAGGACAUGUGGUGGGCGUGAAAUCGGAGGGAGAGGUUGCCCGUUGCAAGCAGCUCAUCUGCGACCCUAGCUACAUCCCAGACCGCGUGCACAAAGUCGGCCAGGUGAUCCGGGUCAUCUGCGUCCUCAGCCAUCCCAUUAAAAACACUAAUGAUGCCAAUUCCUGCCAGAUCAUCAUCCCUCAGAACCAGGUUAACCGCAAAUCCGAUAUCUAUGUUUGCAUGAUCUCCUACGCCCAUAAUGUGGCGGCUCAGGGGAAGUACAUCGCCAUUGCAAGCACCACUGUAGAAACCUCUGAUCCUGAAGCUGAAAUCGAACCUGCUCUGGAACUCCUCGAGCCCAUUGACCAAAAGUUUGUGGCCAUCAGUGACAUGUAUGAACCCACAGAUGAUGGUACAGAGAGCCAGAUUUUUGCAUCACGGUCCUACGAUGCCACCACUCAUUUUGAAACAACUUGUAACGACAUCAAGGACAUCUACAAGCGCACGACAGGCAGUGACUUCGACUUUGAGAACAUGAAGCGUAAACAGAACGACGUCUUCGGCGAGGACGAGCAGUGAGGGGUGGAGAAGUGACGGAGGAGUGGAGAGGCAAUGAUCAGACGGAGGGAGAGAUGAGGCGGGCUGAACGGGAUUUACCUGGCUGGGUUCAGAGGUUACGCAGAACAGAAUCGCCAACGCUGUAAAUCUCUUUCAACCGACCUUAUCUUUCCCAGAGUGCUCUUUGCUCAAUGUCUCCACACCCCUCCGGUGUCUCUGUUCAGAUACUUACAGUUCAGCACACAGACACACAAACGCUCUAUCGCUCACAUUCCACAACUCUGCACUACAAAGUGGGCUCUCACCAACAUGCUAUUUUAGAUUCUUACACGAGCAGUAUGCAUUGUUUGCGCAAAAUAUCCUGUUGAAGUGAAACACGUGUCUUUCUGUUCUCUGAAUAUCGUCUUUGACUGAAGCCCAUACAUGUGAACAAUUCCUCGAAUAUUGAAGGAGAUUUAAAACGAUUCCUCAUCAACUUUCGUGAAGUAUCCCCAACUGUCCUCAGACUGUUAGUUUAGCGUACUGUCGUCACUUUGACAUUUAACAGCUUCAUGUGAACAGCAGCCUUCCUGUACUUUAGGAAAGUGUCACUGACAAACCGAUAGUAAGAUCAUUAAACACUCACCAUUAAACACUACAGUUGGACACCUGGAAAAAGGAUCUAAUAUGAUAUUGAUGAUAUUUAAAACACAAAGUUGCACAAAAGUAAAUCAGACUUUGCUAGAUCCAGCAAUCAAAACCUGAACUGACAGUCUCAUAUCAUUGCAUUUCCUAUUCGCGAUCUUUCCGCUCUUUUAACUCACUGGUCUUUAUAAAGUUCAUUCUUUUUUAUUAUUAUUAUUAUUAUUGGUGGAUUUCUUUUUUUUUUGGACAACUAAAUUUGAAUGAGAUGUAUAAUAUGCAGUAUAGAAGCGAACUGUAAGCCAUUAACUUGUAACUAACAAUACAGUCUUUGUGCUAACUCUUAAAAACGUUGUAUGGCCUCACAGUUUCUAAUGACCUUAUUCUACAUUCCUGUUAUCAUUUUGUUUGUAGUGAAAACCGAUACGGACAGACGUUAUCGAAUGCAAAUGUGUGCAAACAUGAGUCGAUCGCUUAGUCUCUUACGGGAAAUGAGUCUUAAGAAUGUGGAAGCAAUUUUCACCCCCACAGCUGCAGAAGAAAACGAUAAUGUGAAUUUAAUGAGUAUCAGAUCCUUUGGUAUUUGAUAGUAGCCAUAUUCGUUGGUAUUCUGGCUUUUGUAAACCGGGCUGACUCCAGUCUACUAAAUACAUAUAUUCUCUAACUUUGAAUUGUGAUGAACACUAUGCCUCUCCCUGUGUUCUGUAAAGAUUCUCACUGCAUCAUGCAAUCAGUCUGCAUCUUUGAUUUCCGUUUUAUUGGUGAUUGACACAUGUAGUCUCUGCAUUUACACUUGGCUGUUAGAAACCACAAGACAAACUUAGUAUUGAACAAUGACUGGUCGUUUUCACCAUUACGUAUAUCUCUAAUCAUGCUUGUUCUUGUUUUCAAAUGAAUUGAAUUGCCAUCAAUAGUUAUAGUAGACGCUAGUCUGGAGCAGAUGGUAAUGGUGUGCUGUUUGAACUCUCACUGUACAGCUUUCAGUGUAGAAUAUACAAGCAUUCUCAUGUUUUCCAUACUCGCCUUUGCUGAGAAAAAAAAGCCUUUGACUGUAGUUUUUUCCCCCCUCUUUAUUUUUUAUGUAAAACAAGGAGUGUGACAGUUUCAUUACAUCCUUGAAUUUUAUUGGGCCAAAGUCACUAAUGGCCUUAUAGAUUCACAUAGAAACAUACAGGUCUUGAACUCUCUUCCUUAUAGUGCACAAUUUAGAUUGUGAAUUAACGAUAACUGGAAUCAAAUAGAAUUACGCUGCAUUGCUAUAUUUGUUAUCUUUUGCACCUCUCCAGCAUAUUGUCAUAUAUGUUUGGAUUAACUGUUUUGUACUGUAUUUAUUUUCAUUUUGUCUUUCAUUUUCAAUGUUGAAACAACUAAACAUCUUUAAAAAAAAACAACAAAAAAAAAACUGACACACAAACUCGACAAUUUUAAGUUGUGAAUUUCAUCUUGUGUUUGAGCAGUCUUGUGCAACAAAAAUAAAUAUGAAUAAAAUGAAACUCAAUCUUU